GGAGGAGGAGGAGGAGGAAGAGGAAGAAGGAUGCCGAAAAAAUGAAACUCCUCAGCACUAAUUUUUCAGCCCUCUGCGGGAGAAGAUGGAGCGCCGCCUGCCGCCUCCCCCCCCACACCCCACCCCACACCCCUGUAGCCGCACAGGAGCGGAUUAACACCUGUUUCCACCCCGGAGCGGAGGAUGCUGCCAGCGAACGACGGUAAACGCGACACAUUUUAAUAGAAAAAGCGACCAUAUUGAGGUCAGAAGAAAGCGUUGCCAGGCCGACCAGCCUGCUAGGGGAGGACACUGCAGGCGCGCGUCACACGCCGGGGACGAGCGUGCGUGCUUUUUUUUUUUCUCUUUUUUUUGGCGAGAGCGCGCCGAGGCGGUCACGGCAUCCACACAGCAGCAGCAGCAUCAGCGGCGGUAGUAGAAGCGUCUUUCUCCCCAAAACUGCCGGAGCACCGGAGCUACCGCCGUUACCGAGACGAGCUACAGCGAGCCGGGGCUUGCACCGCGGUGUCCGGCCUCACUUCUUUGAGGGGGAUUUAUUGUGGAUUUAUCGACGAGUUUAUCCUAUAAUUAAAAAAAAAACGCUCUGAAACUGAGUAGCACAGGUAACACUUCCCGGUAAUCAAGUAACCGCCGACAUUUCCGAGUUAUUUGGUCGUUUAAAGGUGUCAUUUUUAAAAAAUAGACAUUUUUUCUCUUUUUUUGUGACAAACCGGACUGUCAGAAAUUAAUUAAUUUAUCGCCGUGCUGGAGGAGACGGAUACCGAGCCGAGCCGAGCUUUCCUGCUCGGACAGGAGCUGUUUGUAAUGCAGUAUAGCAGCUUUAUUUUUUUAUUUUGCUUUCCAGCCUCCUCUCUGUCGCUGUUCAGUCAUGUCAGUCUCACCUGCCGGCCCGGUUGGAUUGAACGAGGUAUAGUGCUGUGAAAGGGGCCAUUUUUUAAAAUUUUGUUAUUUUUUGCUUUGAGAAAUAAGCACUUUUUUGUUUUUUGUUUUUGCUCCUAUGACUUAACCGGCGGAAGGUUUCGUGAAGAGGACGAGGAGGAGAAGGACGAAAGCUCAGGAAGAGAACACCGUUGGUCACCGGUGGAUCACAAAUUAACAGAAUUCACCAUCAAUUCAAUUAUCUGGAUAAUAGAAGACGAAUAGGUAUGGAACGCAACAGAACCAUGGCUGGAGAAGUGUUUCGGAUCACCGUUGCCCAGAAUCAACACUGACCUGGCACCCACACCGAGGAUCGACCCCUUCUCCAGCACCCCGAGGACCCUCCUUCCCCCAGCAACUGCUUUGCCCUCCAUCUCACCUUCACUCAGCAGCCCUGCAAAACCUUUGAAAAAAGCUAGUUUGGUCUUAAAGGGUCCACCUGCUUGUGUUGUUUUAAUCCCCCUCUUAUGCUUUACCUUCCAGAUUGCUGGUUAUAAUCCACAUUGUCUGAAAGAGACAAAAGUUCUCCCAAACAAAACACAAGCAGGUGGUGGAACAAUAUGAAUCCAGCCAUGUAUCCCCUUGGGCUUGCUUUGAGUAAGCAAAGUCGACGGGGCUCGUUGUCCAGGACACGCCCUCUUAGUCUUUUGACAGACUGGUACCUCAUGAGUUUGCUAGGGCUUAUUGUGCUCUUCAGCCUGGCCUCGAGCCAGAAGAUGGAUCCUUCUAAACACCCCAUAGUCACCACUAACUACGGCAAGCUCCGAGGCAUCAAGAAGGACUUGAACAAUGAGAUUCUGGGCCCCGUAGAGCAGUACCUGGGGGUUCCCUACGCCACGGCACCCAUCGGCGACCGCCGCUUUCAGCCACCCGAAGCCCCUGGAUCCUGGCAGGAGAUCCGCAACGCCACCCAGUUUGCUCCCGUGUGCCCUCAGAACGUGCACGGGGUGCUGCCAGAGAUAAUGCUGCCUGUGUGGUUCACAGACAACCUGGACGUGGCGGCGGGUUACAUCCAGAACCAGAGCGAGGACUGCCUCUACCUCAAUGUCUACGUGCCCACAGAGGAUGAUAUUCGUGACCGCAGGAAGAAGCCUGUGAUGCUGUUUAUUCACGGAGGCUCUUACAUGGAAGGAACCGGAAAUAUGUUUGACGCCAGCGUCCUCGCCGCCUACGGCAACGUGAUCGUGGUGACCAUGAAUUACCGCCUCGGUGUGCUCGGCUUCCUCAGUACCGGAGAUCAGUCCGCAAAGGGAAACUACGGCCUGCUGGACCAGAUUCAGGCCCUGCGCUGGCUCAACGAGAACAUCGGGCACUUCGGCGGCGACCCAGAGAGGAUCACCAUCUUUGGGUCUGGAGCUGGGGCCUCCUGUGUCAACCUCCUCAUCCUGUCUCACCACUCAGAGGGUCUGUUCCACAGGGCCAUAGCCCAGAGUGGGACAGCUAUCUCCAGCUGGUCCGUCAACUACCAGCCCCUCAAGUACACCAAGAUCCUGGCCCGGAAGGUGGGUUGCACCUACACAGAGACGGCAGACCUUGUCGACUGCCUGAGGCGCAAGAAUUUCAGGGAGCUGGUGGACCAGGACAUCCAACCAGCCCGCUACCACAUUGCAUUUGGUCCCGUGGUGGACGGAGACGUGGUGCCCGACGACCCUGAGAUUCUCAUGCAGCAGGGGGAGUUCCUCAACUAUGACAUCUUAAUAGGAGUGAACCAAGGAGAAGGACUGAAGUUUGUAGACGACAGUGAGGACAAUGACGGUAUCUCAGCCGCAGCAUUCGACUACACCAUCUCGAACUUUGUUGACAACCUCUACGGAUACCCUGAGGGCAAAGACAUCCUGAGGGAGACCAUAAAGUUCAUGUACACAGACUGGGCAGACAGGGACAAUGGAGACAUGCGAAGGAAGACCCUGUUAGCUCUGUUCACGGACCACCAGUGGGUGGCUCCAGCGGUGGCCACAGCCAAACUCCACGCCGAGUUUCAGUCCCCAGUUUAUUUUUACACGUUCUACCACCACUGCCAGACCGAAACGCGACCCGAAUGGGCUGACGCUGCCCAUGGAGAUGAGAUACCUUACGUGUUUGGCGUACCCAUGAUCGGUGCCACAGACUUGUUCCCAUGCAACUUCUCCAAGAAUGAUGUGAUGUUGAGCGCCGUGGUCAUGACUUACUGGACCAACUUUGCCAAGACUGGGGACCCAAACCUGCCAGUUCCACAAGACACCAAGUUUAUUCACACCAAGCCCAACCGCUUUGAAGAGGUCAUCUGGACCAAGUUCAACUCAAAGGACAAACAGUACCUCCACAUCGGCUUAAAACCUCGUGUUAGAGACAACUACAGGGCCAACAAGGUGGCUUUCUGGUUGGAAUUAGUCCCCCAUCUUCAUAAUCUACAUGAGGGGCUCUUCCCCACCACUACUCGGUCGCCACCGGGCCCUGGUCCUGGCACCAUCAAACCCAGGACCAAAACUCCAGGCCCUCGUACUACUCGUCACCCCUACCCGACCUUCCCCUCUGAUCCUGAACCUGAGGGUUCAGAGCGUCCGCACCAGGACCUCUUCCCUCUGAACACGCGUGACUACUCCACUGAGCUGAGCGUGACAGUUGCCGUUGGAGCGUCGCUUCUCUUCCUCAACAUCUUGGCCUUUGCCGCCCUUUAUUAUAAGCGUGACAAGCGGCACGAGAUGCGACGACACCGGCUGUCUCCCCAGCGUGGCGGCCCAGCCAAUGAUCUGGCUCACAGCCAGGAGGAGGAGAUCAUGUCCCUGCAGAUGAAACACUCGGAACAUGAUGCCCACCAUGACAUGGAGCCCCUCCGGCCCCACGACAUUCUACGACCCGCCUGCCCACCUGACUACACGCUGGCGCUGCGCCGUGCCCCUGACGACGUGCCACUGAUGACACCCAACACCAUCACCAUGAUCCCUAGUACCAUCACCAGCAUGCAGCCUCUCCAUGCCUUCAAUACUUUCCCCUCCACCGGCCACAACAACACCCUGCCGCACCCCCACUCCACCACCAGGGUAUAGUAGGGACUGGCCCGACUCAAGCCACCUAAGGACCAGGAAUACUGGCUCUGCUACUGAUCUAGAAGGGAGGCCUCUGGAUGUGGGCCUUUGUUCUGUUCUAUAAUUCUCUUGUUUCUCCAAAAGCAACUCACCCUCCUCCAUCAUGUGCUGUGAAACUCAGCAGCUCCCUCCACUGGUGGCGUGUGGAGAUGAAACUGAACUGCACAGCAGCAGAUGGGCAGUUGAGGGGGUGAAUUAGAUCUGUUAAAGAUACUGUUUUCAGAGAUGGUCUGCUGUUUCCAGACUAAAGGCCCCCAGCAUUAUCAACGGGACGAAUGCUUUUUGCCCCUUGCUGUUUUCUAUUUUUUACUUUGGUGUCAUCUCUUUUUUCUGUCCCUGGUGUGUUACAUGCACAUAUCUUUCUCUUUUCUACAUCUGUGUCUUAUUACUGCUUUAUUCCUCUCAUUUGACCUAUUAUUCUCUCCUUCCUCACUAUGCUCCUUUGCUCCAAGGGUUCAGCUGAGCUGGAUGGGGCAUAGAGUACAUACAGUAAACAUAUAGCUAUGAAAACAAUGAUAUCUUUCAUUCUACCAGCAUUCUUGGUGCCAAGUAUGUACUACUGUGUUUGCGUUCUCAUCGAGGGAGAAAAAAAAAAUUAAAGAAAAUUCUAGUAUUCCUAUUUACUGUCAACUAACAGAGGCUGUGUGUUCUCACGACAAAGUGCCAAACUGGCCCUCGAUUGUGUUUUUCUUUCUUUCAUCUUGUUUUUUUUUUUCAAGCAUUUGUUUAAUUGUUGUUUUUGUGGAAAGAAUUUUUGCUGAAAAUAUAGAUAUAGAGAAAUGAUAUUAUAUAUAGUUCUAUAUAAAUGUGUACAAAGGAGAAAGUAUAUAAAUGGGUUUUCUCAGUGGGGAUCUAUGCAUGAAUUAUUUUUUAAAGAUGAUGACGGGGGAAAGGACACCGUAUCUUUCAAUGCACGUUUCCCAAAUCUAAUCAAGUCAUAUCGGUCCACUUUUAAUAUUUUGGUCUUUGGUUUCUCUCACAGAAAUAAGAGCAUCUCAGAAAUUCUCGAAGUCACUGAACAAAUAACCUGCACUUCCAAACGCUCAUUUAUUAAAUGGAAGUCAUCACCCUCAGAAGAUGUCACAGUCAAAGCGACAACUGUGAACACACACUUGCAUUCAUUCUCUCCUUCAUGGUGUUAUUUAAACCAGAUGAUGCAGCAGGCCAACAGAAAGUCCAUCGUCCUACAGUAGCCUGUAUGGAGACGAUCGGUUAGGGGUACAGGAGGUUCUAAAUCUGUUACUGUAGCUUGCUUGUACAGAGUUAUUUUUGUAUGUUAGUGAGAAACAUAGCAGAGAGAGGCAGCCUCUGUUCCUUUAUGUAUACCUUCCCUCUCCUGUCUGCCCGCCUAUUUCUAGCACAUAUUUUUGUUGUUGUUGUUUGCUUGCAAGAGAGAGUGCGUGCUAGUGUGUGUAUGUGAUAUCAGCAGUUUCACACGGGCGUAGGUGGGUCCUAAUUAGACAACAAAGAGAUAGAGAGGCAGACAGACAGGAUAAGCCCAAUGGUAAAAAGUUAGACUCCAAUAUGAGCUCCUUCCUACUGCUUCCCCAGACACCCCUCUGUGUACCAUCACUACCCCCUCCUUCCUUUCUCGUCUCUUCAUCAGCACAUAACCUUUGUAUUCACAUUGCAGUGAUCACCCAUAACUCCACCGUCGUGAUCACAAAAAUCCAAAACGCCUGACUUCACUGUGUCAGCAUCGCUCCACACUAUUUCUGACCUCAGUUCAGCUCUGCUAUUAUCCUCACAUUCAAGGGUUAGUUCACUAAGCUAGUGAUGUUUUUUGAGCUCAUCGGUUGUAAAUUAAACUCUAAGCACACUGAGGGUAACUGGUGGGCCUUCAACGGCCUGCGGCACGGAGCUGUAAGAUGAAAAGGGGGUUCGGAUCUCCUCAACAGGGUAAAAGCGACGCAGUUGAUAACUGCUGUUUCUGAUUCUGCUCCUUUCUUUCUGGUGAGAAUAUGCAGGCCUUCAGCUCAGCAUUGCCCCCCUGUGAUUCUCUGAUAAAGAUGUCAAAUAUGGAUCAUGGGUCAUACUCUGGUUAAUACAGUAUGGACUGAUGCGCUGCUGUUUGAGCCUACAAGAACCUGUGGUAGCUUGCAACCAGUAUGGGAGAAAUUAGUCAGCGGUGCUGUCUUUGCUUGUGCUCUAGCUUUAGCCUGUUUGAUUGUUUGUUUUCUAUUUUAUUACUGCCUAACGGGGUGGUGGGAGAGGACUGGAUGGGGAAAUGAAUACCUGGCUGCUCCUGUCAGAGAUUUUGUAAGCCCGAUGCAAGGGAAAUGUGCACAAUGUAAAUCACAAAACAACUGACUUGGGUGUGCUGCAGGUGGAAUAAAUGCUCACGCUGUGGAAAAGUGACUUUGAGAGGAAAUUUGGGAAAGACUCACAGCCUUAAAUGUAGGAAUUAGACUCAGAAGAAUCAAGAGAGGACGGGCUGAUCACGAGAAAAUAAGGACAUUCAAAGGUAUGGCCAUCUUUCUUCCCACAACGCUUGCCAGGAGAAUACCUUGCUAAUCUGUCUACGGGGGAACUGAUGUAUCCGUAUGAACCCUUUUGUACUCACUCCUGUGGAUAAGUAGGCAGUGAAGAAAACCUCACCACAACACAGCUACAAUGAUGCCACUGGAGAUGAGAACAGAAACAAGGUUUGGUUUGGUUCUGUUCUUUUUCCUUGUCUAUUUUAUAAGCUAACACUGGAGGGCGCCAUUGUGACAGAUUCAAUGCAGUCAAGCCCACUCUGAGGAAACUGGAUGUUUGAAGAAAAAUACCAAACUGAGCGGCAGGACGGAGACAGACGCAACAUCUGGAUGAGGAUCAAAACUGUACAUUUUUAAGUGUAAGAAUCAAACAGACAAAAUAUUUGUAAAUAUUAAGUUUCUUGUUUGUUUGUUUUUUGUUUAUUUUUUGAGUGAAUGAAUGAUAUGCUUAUUUUGUGACAACAAAAGACAACAGGUGCAGUUUGCAAAGAAAUGGCCAUUAGCUCGACGUUUCAAAAGAAGUAAUAACCUCCACCGAUCAGUUUUCAUGGCAGUGAAAAAAAAAGGCUUUUUACACUGAACUUGUUUUCAUGCUGCCCGUUAUCACGUGGGCAUCCUGUAGCAUCAUGAAAAUCACUGUAGCAGCAUUCGUCUCCACUGAUGCCCCCACACAUCCGAGGGCCAAAGAUACUGUAGUUAACAUUUACUAGUUCCCAAGAAGUAUGACAUUUUAAGUUUUGAAAAAUACACUUUCUGUGAAUUCAUUUAUCUUUGUUAUAGGACUGUCGUAGAAUCUAUGACUACGUCUUCUUUUCCCUUUUUUUCAAGAUUCAGCAGGCUUUUAUUUUGAAAUAUAUCGUGUGAUCCAAGUGUGCUCCUAAUGAGUCUGUGCUGCAUGAUGUGUAUGACUUCAGACUAUUUAUGUAAACACUUCAGAGGCUAAGAGCACUGAUAAAAGCCAGCUUUGCCUUUCAGUGAUUUAUGGUCAGGACAUAAGCUAAGCUAAACGGAGACACUAAACACAAGUGCAGUCAAUUAAACGUGAGCUCACUUAACAUGUAGCAGUGUUUACAUGUAGCCACUUAAUUACAUGUGGGACAGACAUGAGGGCUUUGAUACCAUAAGAUGCCUCAUAUUCUCAUCGAGUAAUGAGAUCACACAGGUGGUCCAGCUUCAUCAUUCCACACACUGUGUUGUACUGUGGUCAUGGAGGUUGGGUUUUCUCUCUGUGAUGUAGCAGAAAGUAGUUUCAUGUUCUAAACAGCAGAGAGAUGGCUGACAUGUUAGAUAGAACAGAUAGGUAUGUAGGACUCUAAGUAUUUGUGUGUAGUAGAGGAUUAGUCUGGAUGUAUGUGGACACACUUAGCCUCUUCUGUGCUAUGAAGGGACUCACUGCAGCCUCAUGGCUCACACAGUUGCGGCUGGAUUUCAGUUUUUAUGGUGCACAACAGAAGCAAGUGCAGUAUCACUGGAAAAUUGUGACACCUCUCAAUAACUGCAUUGUUUCUAAAUUGACAAAUAGAGUAUUUUCCUACUAUGAUGACUAAAAAUCCAGGCCCCAAAGUAGAAACUCAAUUCAGCAAAGGUAAAUACAUGUGGGAUGGCUGACACACGAGUUAGAAAACCUGUUAUUAAUUAUCCCAUUUGCAAGAACAUGAUUAGAAAGUGACCUGUGAAUAUCAGAAUUUUCUCAGUUUUGUACCUAUAGGCUGUGUCUAUCUGCAUGGCUCCACACAGAAAAGAAUUGAAAUGUCUCAUUGUGAGACUUCUCAAAGAUGGAAAAGAAUAGUAUAGAAUAAUAGAGGUAUAGAACGUGCGACACGGAUGGGGGACAGCAUGGUUGGUGUGAACCUGCUCAGGACCACCACAGUGAAUGCAUUGUCCUGACAGUGAGGCACAGAGAUGGGAGUGUGAUGAUAUGGAGCUUCAUGAACACUGAAGGGAUGGUGACAUGCAUACAUGGCACAAUGAAUGCCUGUGAGUAUACCAAAAAGUACAGACUUCUUAAAGUUUCUGAAGAAGAAAAGCGUAAAAUAAAUGACAUGAACAUGUAUGUCACUUGACUUAAAUCCCAUAGAACACCUUUGGGUUCUUUUAAACAGAAAGGUAGAGCUACACAACCACUUGAGCAAAUAGAAGCUUUAUCUGUGAAGAAUUCCAGAAACGGAGGACUGGAUCUGUUGUCAAAAAAAAAACAAAGCAUAAGCAUGCAAAGUAUUGAUUAAAAAAUGUAUGUGAAUCUUUAUGAAAGGUGUACUGACGUUAGUUGCAAUGAGUCUCUACUGUGAGACCAGUUUGUCUGAUACAGUAAAUAUAAACUGCUGGUUUUUAAUUUGCCACAAGAGCAAAUACCUACUGAUUGGCUUUUAAGUAGUGCAGCUACUGUCAAGUGACACAGUUUAGAAUCAUUUCACAUUCAUGUGAUAUUGCACAGAGGUGUACUCACUUCUGUUCUACACUGUCAUGUUCUAACAUGCUUGGAAACUGCAGUCCACCAAACAAUAUGGCUUCAUAUCACUAGUGUCAUGUAGAGAUCCUGUGUCAGGUCAGUGGUGUAUGCAAGCACACAACUAACACUCCACAACGGCAAACAUACAGACAGUGACGUGUAAACCUUCAGCUGGCUCUCCACUGCGAAUUUGCACCUGUUGUCUUGUUUUUACAUUCUUUGUUGAAUUCAGAAACCCAACACUUGAGAUGAAGAAAAAUGUUAAAUAAUGGAAUUUUAAAAAAGAUGAUUAUUAAAAAAAGUAAAGCAAAACUAUAUAAAUAAAUGAGGUGAUGAUAUUUCUGUUUACUUUAGAAGUUAUUAUACACUGUAUGCUGUGAUUCUGAUCUGGGAAACAUUAAAGACAUUCAUAGCCAGA